CCCUGACAAAGGCACAGUUUGAAGUACGAUAUGCCUUUUGGUGCCAGUGGACAAAUUUUCCAGAGUUGUUUCCUGAAAUAUUUGUUGCUCUGAAGAGUCUGCAGCCUGAAGCUAUUCCUCUUAGCUUAAUGAAAUUAACAUCAUGUCUGGAACGAGCUUUGGGUAAUGUAUUUUUACUGAUUGGAAAGGAAUGUCCAUUUCUUUUAAGAGACUUACUUGUAUCCAAGGAACUUGCUGAAGUGUUUGGACAAUCUGUGAUGAAUAUACUCAGAGUAUUCAUUGGUUCUCCACAUGGACUCAAUCUGCGCAAUAUUUUAUGGCAUGGAUUUGCAUCUCCUCAGGAAAUUCCUCCAAAAUACUGCUCUAUGCUGGUAUUUUUGACAGCAGGUUUGGGACAACUAUUGAAAAAUUAUCUUCAGCAAACUAAUUUUACCCUUGUACAUCGGCCUUUUGUAACUUUUACACACUUAAAGGAUUUGAUCAUUUUUCCUGAUAUUAAUGAUGAAGUGCUGUCAGUAGUUGAAGAAUUGAUAAAGAAGUCUACUUUUGUGUUGAAAAUCAUGAUUCCAUUUUGGGAAGCUAUAGUAAUGAAAUUCAGAUCACAUAGAUAUGCAGACUGUAUAAUACUGUUACUGACACAGCUGGAAACUGGACUCCGAAAAGUCUUUACUGAAGUUAAUAAAUGUCCAAAAAGACUUUUAACAGCAGAGUCUACAGCUUUUUAUACCACCUUUGAUGAAAUAUUAGCAAAACAACUGAAUGAUGACGAAAUCAAUCAUCUCCCUUUUUUUCUUGGAGAACCUGCUAUGGAAUUUCUUUGGGAUUUCUUGAACCAUCAGGAAGGCCCCCGUGUAAGAGAUCAUUUAAGCCAUGGAGAGGUCAACUUAAAUAAUUUUCCAAAGGAAGUUACAAAUCAGCUACUUGCCUUUUCCAUUGUACUCUUACUCAGAUUUGUUGGAGAAGAUGUAUUAUCAGUUUCCAUGGAGAAUGUAUCAAUCAGAAUUUUAAUUAGCUGUGCAAAUAGCUAUUGUUCUCAAUUCCAUCCAGUUUCUCAACUUAAAAAAAAGAUUUUACACUGUGAAAAAAACAUCAGAAUAUGGCCUCAGCUUCCAUUAGUACCAGAGGAACAAAUUCCAGAAGCAACCAGAUUAGAAGGCAGUUCUGAAGUCAAUGAUUGUGAUCAUUUGAUUAUAAAAAUUUCCUCUGAGUUCCAACAUUACAUCCUGCAGAGUGACUGUAAUUUGAAUAAUUUGCUGGAUUAUCCUCCCACAGAAAAUUGGUCCCUUUUGCUUCAUGAGCUUUGCAGCAAGCACAUCCGAACAUUAUAUUGCCCAAGGUCUGUCCUUGAAGUCCUUGCUAUCCUUCAGAAAAUAAGUGUGCAUUGCCACCUAGUGUCUGAUCAAAUUAUUGCCACUACAGAAGUGAGAUAUAAACAGUGGGUACAGAAGACACUUCGGUCUCGCCAGAGGCAGAAUUAUCUACGAAUGUUAAACAGUAUUAAGCUUUUGUCUUCUGUACUCCAGUUAAUAUUAUUGCUGAUUACAAUGGAAUUAGUCAACAUUCAUAUUGUUAAUGAAAAAAGUGCUUGUGAAUACCAGCAGUAUUUAAAGUUCUUGAAGUCAGUUUUGCAGUACACCGAGAACUUGGCAACUUAUUCCAACCAAGAAAAGAAUAAAUGGGAUGAAGCCAUCCAUAUUACAUAUCUAGUUUUAGUAAAGAUAUGGGCUUUUAGUGAGAAAAAGGAAAUGUUAAUAUACUUAGCCAAGGAAUCCUCAAAUAAAGUUAUUUUAUGAAAAUUC